GAUGGGGUCAUGAUGGUGACCACCCAAGUUCUUUUCAUGGAGACAAAGUGGUGUGUUUUGGAUGAAUUUUUGAGAAGUUCUUCAAACAAAGGUGUCUCACUCACUCACUUUUUUAUGCUCCCUCUCUCUCUCUCUCUCUCUCUCUCUCCUCUGAAUUUACCAUCAAUCCACUAGUACUUUCUUUUUGCUUGGAUGGUCAAUGAUGGAAGGAGAAGGAAAGGUGCCAGAAGAAGAAACAAAGCAGAAAGGAAGGUUCCAAAGAAUAUGUGUCUUCUGUGGUAGUAGACCUGGAUACAAAUCUGCAUUUGGUGAUGCUGCUCUUGAGCUUGGUAAAUUGCUGGUUGAAAAGAAGAUUGAUUUGGUUUAUGGUGGAGGAAGAUUAGGACUAAUGGGUUUGAUCUCUGAAACAGUUCUAACGGGAGGUGGCCAUGUUCUUGGAGUGAUUCCUAAAGCUCUGUUGCAUCAUGAGAUAUCUGGAGAAACCUUUGGAGAAGUGAAAACAGUUGCAAACAUGCAUGAAAGGAAGUCAAUAAUGGCUAAACAUGCUGAUGCAUUCAUAGCUCUUCCUGGAGGCUAUGGAACAAUGGAAGAGUUGCUAGAGGUUAUAGCUUGGUCCCAAUUAGGAAUACAUGAUAAACCAGUGGGGUUGCUGAAUGUAGAUGGGUAUUUCAAUAGCUUACUAACCUUAUUUGAUAAGGGGGUUGAAGAAGGUUUCAUAGAUGACUCUGCAAGGCAUAUAGUGGUCAUAGGAGACACAUCAGAAGAAUUAAUAAAGAAAAUGGAGGAGUAUGUUCCUGUGCAUCCCAAGGUUGCACCAAAGCAAAGUUGGGCAGAGGACCAAUUUUUAGGGCCUACUGAAAAUGGAGAACUUAGAUCUUAAAAUCUCCAUCAUCCAUUUGUGUAAAGAGGAUAUAAACCAGUUAAGCUCCAUUUACUUGUAAAGAAUACAAUAUAUAUAAAAAAAGACAAAAGCAUGAAACAUGCAUGUUGUAGCUCCAUCAAGAGCAAUUGAAUAGUACUAAAGUUCCAAGAGGUUAGAAUCUCUUUUUCCCCGAAAA